CUGCAAGUGCUGCUGCUGCUAGUGCUGCUACUGCAAGUACUGCUGCUGCUAGUGCUACUGCAAGUACUGCUGCUGCUAGUGCUGCUGAAAGUGCAGCUGCUGCAAGUGCUCAUGGAGCAAAGGCACCACUGUCAGCCAAACGGAUCGCGCUUGCUGAUCUGAUGAUGUCUGCGCCGAUGGUCACUCGGAGUGAGGAGGUGGAGGAGGUGGUGGAGGAGGAGGCACCGUUGAUCGGCACGGGGGUGCCCCCCACGGCACCGGCGACCCCCAGAAGUGGACCCCGGCAGAGGACCCUGGGUGCCCCGGGGCGACCACGUGGGCAGUGGUGGUGGGUGGGGGUCCCCUCGCCCCCCAGAAGGGUCGCGCUGGACGGCGGCGACCCCCAGCGCGCACGGGACCUCGAGGAACCGAGGAAGCUACAGGCAGCCUGCAGGGACCCCUCCGUCUACAGGGACCCCUCCUCCUGCAGGGACCCCUCCGUCUACAGGGACCCCUCCUCCUGCAGGGACCCCUCCUCCUGCAGGGACCCCUCCGUCUACAGGGACCCCUCCUCCUGCAGGGACCCCUCCGUCUACAGGGACCCCUCCUCCUGCAGGGACCCCUCCGUCUACAGGGACCCCUCCUCCUGCAGGGACCCCUCCAUCUACAGGGACCCCUCCGUCUACAGGGACCCCUCCGUCUACAGGGACCCCUCCUCUUCCUGCAGGGACCCCUCCGUCUACAGGGACCCCUCCGUCUACAGGGACCCCUCCGUCUACAGGGACCCCUCCGUCUACAGGGACCCCUCCGUCUACAAAGACUCCUCCUCCGUCUACAGGGACCCCUCCUCUUCCUGCAGGGACCCCUCCUCCGUCUACAGGGACCCCUCCUCCUCCUGCCACGGGGACCCCGAUGGGAGCCCCGUGGCCGCUCGGCCGAGGCGGGGAGGCGCGGCUCUCGGCCCCCGCAUCGUCACGUGGCUCUGGGCGGUGGUGCUGUGCGCGCGACUGCAGCUCGCUGAGCCCGCCGGGAACUUCGAGGUGCGGCUGCUGUCGCUGCGGAACCCGCGCGGGCAGCUCGCCACGGGCCGCUGCUGCGACGGGGCUCGCGGGGAGCCGCGGGAAGGGGCGCGCUGCCAGGACGCGUGCGACACGUACCUGCGCGCGUGCCUGCGCGAGUACCUGGAGCGGCGGGACGGCGCCGCGGCCCCGGGGCCCUGCGCCUACGGCGCGGCGGCGUCGCGCGUCCUCGCGGGGGACUCGGCCGAGCUGAGUCGGCGGUCCAGGGCCGGCAAGAUGACGAUCCCCUUCGACUUCGCCUGGCCGACGUCCUUCACCCUCAUCCUCGAGGCGUGGGACUACGACAACGACACGGCACAGGACGCGGGCUCGGAGCUGAUCGAGCGCGUGGUCUACGGAGGGGCGCUGGCGCCGCUCGCCGCCGACUCGGCGGGCUCCCCCACGUGGCGCACGGUGCGCCACGUGGGCACGGCCGCCUCCAUCGUCUUCCAGCUGCGCGUGCGCUGCCAGCAGCGCUACCACGGCGCCGCCUGCACGCGCUUCUGCAGGCCGCGGGACGACCACUUCGGGCACUUCGCGUGCGACGCCGCGGGCAACAAGGCCUGCCUGCACGGCUGGAUGGGGCCCGAGUGUGACCAGGCAAUCUGCAAGGCGGGCUGCGACCCCGAGCACGGAUUUUGCCAGCAGCCUGCGGAGUGUCGGUGCCACUACGGCUGGCGGGGUGCGCUGUGUGACUCCUGCAUCGCGUACCCGGGCUGCCGCCACGGCUCGUGCCGCGGCCGCCCCUGGACGUGCGACUGCGACACGAACUGGGGAGGCCUCCUCUGCGACAAGGACCUGAACGUGUGCGCGAACCGUCCGUGUCUCAACGGGGGCUCGUGUCUCAACGCGGAGCCCAACAAGCACCGCUGCACGUGCCUGCCAGGUUUCACGGGGCCCAACUGCGAGAGCGGGGACGGCCGCUGCCAGCCCAACCCGUGCGGCAACGGCGGCGAGUGCCGCGCGCUGCCCGGCGGAGGCUCCGAGUGCGUGUGCCGCCCCGAGUGGACGGGCAGCACCUGCAUGAUCGACGCCGACGAGUGUGCCGCGGGUCCCUGCGUCCACGCCAAGCGGUGCCGCAACAUCCUCGGUGGCUUCUACUGCAGCUGCCUGCCGGGGUGGACGGGGCAGCACUGUGACACCGCGCUGGACGUGUGUGGAGUGACGGCACCAACGGUGGCGGUGGCGGUCGUCCCGCCGACCCGCACCGAGGGCCCCGGCGGGGGCCGAGCGGCGGCGCGCGUCUGCGGGGAGCACGGCGCGUGCGUGGGCGGCCCCGACGGCGCCUACUCCUGCCUGUGCCAGGCUGGGUACACGGGCGAGCACUGCCAGCACAACGUGGAUGAGUGUGCGGGCGUGAGCUGCGGGGACGGAGGCACUUGUGUGGACGGAGUCGCCUCCUUCCAGUGCAUCUGCCCCAGCGGCUGGGAGGGCGAGCUCUGCCAGCACGACGUGGACGAGUGCGGCUCGAGCCCCUGCCUCAACGGCGGCCUCUGCCAGGACCUGGCCAACGACUUCGCGUGCGAGUGCCAGGGCGGGUGGAAGGGGCGCACCUGCCACUCACGAGGCGGUCCGUGCGACGAGCUGUCGUGUCACAACGGGGGCACGUGUCACGACCUGGGCGACACCUACAGCUGUUCGUGCGCGGCCGGCUGGACCGGACACGGCUGCACGCUGGCGGAGGCGUCGGCGUGCGCGGCGCGGCCGUGCGGCGACGGCGGCGUGUGUGUGGGGGGCGGCCCAGACGCCUUCACCUGCGUGUGCCGCGACGGCUGGGACGGACCGACCUGCGCACAGAAUGUCAACGACUGCAACCCCCACCCGUGCUACAACGGUGGCUCCUGCGUGGACGGAGAGAACUGGUUCCGCUGCGAAUGCCCCCACGGAUUCACGGGGCCCGACUGCCGCCUGGGCCUGGCGAGCGACGCCGGUGACCCCACGGGGAGCGCCGCGACGCCCGGCGCCGUCACGGAGCGCGCCGGCGAGGCAGGUGGGUGCCGCCCGGCCGCUCGCGGCCUCCCGGCGCCCGCGUCGGGGCACGAGGCCCCGGGGGGUGGGGGUGGGGUCCCGGGUGUGGGGCCACAAAGAGGGAAGUUUGACGGGGGUCCCUCAUUCCGUCCCUUGCACCGUGGGGGGCCAGGAGGGCCGGAGGGGCCCCGCUAG